AUGGUUACAACGAGCGAGUGCGUCGCCAGAAGGUGCCCCCAAAGAAGCCGUGAUGGUGCACCCUUCGCGGCUAGUCUAAUAGGCGCUGUGAUCGGGGGACCACUUGUGCUCUGGCGAAAGGGUGAACCUAUGUUUGUGAAACGCAUGUGGCCCUCCAAGUCCUCUGCACUCGCGGCUAUUAUCCUGCCGGCCGCUGAUCUGACCACCUCUUGGUGUGGUGCUAACAAUGAGGUGACCGUGUUCCCGAUGAGGGACGAAAUAAUGGUUGCCAUGCACAUUUUCUACAAAAUCAGGAACCACACAGUGGAGACCGACAUUAGCGAAAUCCUCAAGCAGCACUUCGACAACUGCUUCACAACGGUCGGCACCAUCCUGGUCUACCACUACUUCGGCAAGAAGUUAGAAAUUGAAGUAAAGACUAUAAAUUCUGACUAUGGCACUAGAGACUGGCAUAUUUUGACAGAGGCAACUACAUGGGUCGAGGAGAAAACCGCCCGGAAUAAACUGAGAAGGCCCAUCACCUUGGGUGGCGUUGACGACAUUGUUGAGGAGAUCAAAACUCUGAUAGAUAUAUCGUUCAACGUGAACGGCACUUUCACCAACUUCCAGCCGACAAGAGGUCUGCUUUUGUUUGGGCACUCGGGUAUCGGUAAGACUGCUAUAUGCAAAUACCUGGUCGAUAACUUGAAAUGCUAUUGCGUUGAAGUGAACGGGCCGACGAUCUUCAGCAAAUACUUCGGCGAAACCGAAGCUACCAUGAAGAGUCUGUUCGGGAAGGCCAUGGCGAACGAGCCGUGUUUGAUAUUGGUGGACGAAAUCGAGACGAUCUGUCCGCGCCGCUCUUCAGGCAGUACGGAGCAGGAGAGGCGGGUCACGUCGGCCUUCGUGUCGCUAGUGGACACUUUGCACGAGGAGUGCUCCAGGGUGUUCGUUCUGGCGACGACGCGGAAACCGGACGCCAUCGACCCCAUGCUGAGGCGGUUCGGCAGGCUGGACAAGGAGGUCGAGGUGCCGGUCCCGGAUAGGCUGAGGCGGAAGGAGAUAUUCGACGCGCUGCUGAAGAGCCUCCCGAGCAAGGUGUGCGCGCAGGACGUGGAGACGAUAUCCGACUUGGCGCACGGCUACGUCGCCGCCGACAUCGUGAACCUGUGCACGCAGGCCUCGCUCAAGUGCAUCAAGCGGAGGAGCGAGUUCAUACAAAAGGAGGAUCUGCUGUCGGCCUUGACGAUCGUCAGGCCCAGCGCGAUGAGGGAACUUCUGAUCGAGGUGCCCAACGUACGGUGGUCCGACAUCGGGGGCAUGGACGAUCUGAAGCUGAAGCUGCGCCAGGCGGUCGAGUGGCCGUUCAAGCACGCGGCCAGCUUCAAGCGCCUGGGCAUCCGGCCGCCGAGCGGGGUGCUCCUCUACGGGCCCCCGGGCUGCUCGAAGACGAUGAUCGCCAAGGCGCUGGCGACCGAGAGCGGGCUCAACUUCCUCUCGAUCAAGGGCCCCGAGAUCUUCUCCAAGUGGGUCGGCGAGUCGGAGAGGGCGGUGCGCGAUCUGUUCACGAAGGCCCGCCAGGUGGCGCCCUCGAUCAUAUUCUUCGACGAGAUGGACGCGAUCGGCGGCGAGAGGGGCGCCGGCGAGGGGGUGCACGAGAGGGUGCUCGCCCAGCUGCUCACCGAGCUGGACGGCGUGGUGCCUCUCAACUCGGUCACGAUCUUGGCCGCGACCAACCGCCCCGACAGGAUGGACAGGGCGCUGCUGAGGCCCGGCAGGCUGGACAGGCUGAUAUACGUGCCGCUGCCUGACAGCGAGACCCGCUUGCAGAUACUGGAGCUGAAACUCGCCAAGAUGAGCGUCAGCGACGACGUCAACCCUCACGCUCUGUCGACGCGCACGGAAGGAUAUUCGGGCGCUGAGCUGCAGGCGCUGUGCCACGAGGCGGCUCUCAGGGCUCUGGAGAAGAACAUCGAGUGUGCCGAGGUGGCCAUGGCGGACUUCGAACGGGUGCUGGUGGACUUCGUGCCGCGCACGCCCACUUCGCUGCUCAAGGUCUACGAGGACUUCGCUCUAGGCCAGAGGUGUGAG